UCGAGUUUCAAACUUAGGAGAUAUCGAAAUUUCAUACAAAAACACAGAGCUGGCGCGACGAAUGAAAAUACAAUUUUGCGCAUGCGCAAUAUUUUUCGACCAAUCAGAUUACAUUUACAAAACUUAUAUCCGGUUGGAUAUUUAUCAAAUAUUUGAUCAUAUAGAUGACAAAGAACUUCAAGGAUGUCUCUAGCAACAGGAAGAGAGAAGCGGGUUACCGCUGGCAACAAGAUGUCCAGACUUUUAGAGAAUGAGGAGGAAGAUGAGUUCUACACCACUACAUAUGGCGGCUUUAAUGACGAGGAAGAGGAUAAUGACUUCAAUACCUCAGAUGAAGACCAGGACUCUGAUGUCCUAGACUCUGACUUUGAUGUCUCAGAAGAUGAUGACGUUAAGAGUGAUGAAGAUGAUGACUCCAAGCCCAAGAGGAAAAGGAAAGGAGUUGAGACUAAGGCGUAUAGAGAACCAGUCAAGAAAGUAAAGAAGACGGAGGAAGAUGUUAAAGAUGACAAUGCAGAGAAAAAGAAACAUAAGUUAAAAAGGAGGAAGAAACCUGAUAUGUCUUCAGCUCAGAUCUACUCCGCAGAGAAAAAAUCAUUACGUCAAUCAACCACUAUGAAGUCUAUUGAUGUCCAGAUGCGAGCAAAGGACAAUGAAGCAAAAGCUAAGAUGUUGAAAGAGAUGGCAGCCAAGAAGAAUGUUUCAGAGGUGAGACGGUUAACUCAAGCAGAACUACUAGAAGAAGCAAAACUCACAGAAGCAAUGAACCUUAAAUCUUUGGAGGAUUACCAAAAGCUUGAACUAGAGAGGAAGAAGUCUCGUGUAGUUAAAUCUGUGUACAGAGGACCAAUCAUACGCUACCAUUCCACUUCUAUGCCGGUUGUGGAAGAAUCUUCAGAAAUCAAUGUAGAAACUGAACUAGAACCUCAGCCUGUGAAACCACCAGUAGAGACAGAGAAAUGCUCAAGAACUUUUAUAACCUUCACAGAUGAACGCACAUUUGAUGAAUAUUUCCCAAACACUAAACCAAAGCCUAAAGUGAAAUCCUAUUGUCCAGUAACUCGCCUUCCUGCUAAAUACUAUGAUCCUAUAACAAACUCACCUUAUGCCAAUGUUCAAGCAUUUAAGAUUAUAAGAGAUGCAUACAGGCAACAGGUCCAGGGAAAUGGAGAUAAAAAACUUGCUGAUUCAUUAAGGAGACAACGUAUGUUACAAGCUCAAGCUAAAGCUAAUAAGGCAGCUGCUGAAGCUGCCAAAGCUCAACAAGCAGACUCAUAGACUAUACCUGUAGGUUUAGGACCAAUGUAAAGAUGGCUGCUGUAAAGUUCAUAGUUUUUAUGUUCAAAACCCAAGGAGGAAUGGAUCCUAGACUUGCAACUCGAUAUUCUGCUAUAUAAGGAAAUGUUGUGAUUGCAAAAUUAGAAUUCAAAUAUCUGCCAUUUGUGCACUUCAAAAUUUGAAUCAUGAGUUUUGGUCUUAUUUCCAAACAAAAAAUUCCAAACCACACGAGAAGUGAUCGAGAUCAAGUUGAAGAUGAAAUAAAGAACAUUAUCCCAUACUUAGUAGUGUUAUUGGUAAAUAAUAUGUGGGAAUAUAAGUGACAUCUGAAGUGAGCUGGAGAUAUAUAUAUCACACGUUCAUCAGCAAUACCCGGG